AUGAAGAAGGUUUUUGGUCAAACUGUCCGCGACAUUAAGAGAGAGGUGAAUAAAAAGGUCCUGAAAGUCCCUCCUAUAGAAAGAAAGGUCCUUGAUGCCACCAGCAAUGAGCCCUGGGGUCCCCAUGGAUCUCUUCUCUUUGAUAUUGCUCAGGCAUCAAAAAAUUAUCAUGAGUAUCAGAUGAUUAUGGCGGUCAUCUGGAAGCGUAUCAAUGAUACUGGAAAAAACUGGCGUCAUGUCUUCAAGGCUUUGACAGUUUUGGAGUACUUGGUAGCUCAUGGAUCAGAGCGUGCCAUAGAUGAGAUCAGGGAACAUACUUACCAAGUGUCGGCAUUGUUCGAUUUUCAAUAUAUUGAUUCCAGUGGGAGGGAUCAAGGAAGCAAUGUUAGAAGGAAAUCUCAGAUUGUUGUAGCCCUUGUAAAUGACAAGGAAAAAAUACAAGAAGUUCGUGAGAAGGCUGCUGCUAACAGGGACAAGUAUCGCAACACGUCAACUGGUGGUGGUAUGUAUCAGCCUGGUUCUCAGUCGAAUGCAGGAGGAUAUGGUGACAGAUAUGAUGAAGAUCGUUAUGGUAGCAGAUAUGACGGGCGAAAUGACUAUGGAAGAGAACGAGAAUGGGACAGCAGGGAUGAUGAUAGAUAUGGUGAUUCAUAUGGCCAUGAUGGAGACAGGUAUACUAGAGAUAACGAGGAGCGGUAUGGCCAAGAUGGUUACAGGGAUGAUGACUACCGUGGAAGAACUCAAAGCAAUGAUGAUUAUCAGGAUGGGUCACAAACUGGAAGCACUGGUAGGAAUGAGAACCCUGCUUAUGAAGAUGAUGGACGAAGUUCUUCCAGAGUUAGUAAUGACAAAGGCGAUGAUCAUUCUCAAAAUGGAAGCAUGAACGGUAGGCACCUUGACCAUAAAUAUUCUGAAACAAGCGUCGGUGCUCCUCCUAGUUAUGAAGAGGUUGUUGGUACUGCAUGCAAUCCCACUCUUAGUGAAAGGGAUGGAGAACUACCAGUUGUUCCUAAAGCAUCCUCUCCUCCUGCAAGUGUUAGUCCAAGCCAUGUGACAACAUCUGCUUCACACCUGGCUCCUGCUUUACCACCAGCGCCAUGUCCAGCUCCUGAUAAUAAUGGGGAAGUAGAUGACUUUGGUGAAUUUGAUCCUCGCAGUUCAUUUUCAGCUAUCCCAGCCAUUUCAAAUGAUACCUUUCCAAGUACUUCUGGUGGUGCGGAAAUGGAUUUACUGGGCUCUUUUUCUGAGACAUCUUCAAACUCAUUAGCUCCUGUGUCCGCUGCACUGGGAACAGCAACCUCAGAGACUAAUGCCUCACCGAACUCCAGCUCUGUUACCACAUUUACACCCACACCAUCACCAUUCACAGUCUCUAAUCAGCCAUUUGAUGAUCCAUUUGGGGAUGGCCCUUUUAAAGCUAUUCCGUCUACAGAAAGUGUACCAGCGCAACAACAGAUACCUACCUCUACACAUUCUUACAGACAGAACCCCUAUCAAAGUUAUGAUCUGCCUCAGCUAGUUAUUCAAAAUUCAGAAAAUGAUUUUGGGGGCAGUUUUCAUGGUACAACUUACACGUCAUCUGGUCCUCCUGGUGUACAACUUCCUUCUACAGAAAUCCUGCAGUUUCAGCAGCAGGAGCUAUCAAAUAACGACGAAGAUAUUGAUAUAUUAGCAGAUAUUCUCCCACCUGCUGGAUCUUCACCUCAUGCCAAUUCACAAAUUGAUUAUCAUGUUCCAACUAACCAACCUGUGUCACAGACCAGGUUUCCACAUCAGACUAACCAACCUGAAUCACAAUCAGGUCUGCUGUCCCUACAGAGCCAAAUUGUACCACAGACAGGUUUCCAUACUCAAAAUAGUGAGCUUACAUCAUUGACAGCUUUUCCCGGUCAAACAGGCCAUACUCCUUUUCAGACAAGUUAUCUACCCUCUGGUGCUUCACCUUAUGCCAAUUCACAAGCUGAUCCUGUUCCAACAAACCAACCUGUGUUGCAGACAGGGUUUCCACCUCAGACUAAUCAACCUGAAUCACAGUCUGGUCUGCUGUCCCUGCAGAGCCAAACCGCAAUGCAGACUGGUUUUCACGCUCAAAAUAGUGAGCUUGCAUCAUUGACAACUUUUCCCGGUCAACUGAGCCAACCUCCUUCGCAGACAAGCUACCCACUUCAACAAGGUCAAUCUGUUUCUCUGAAUCAGUCUAUGGCGUUGACAUUUCCAUCUCAAACUGGUCAAACAUCACAGAUGGGUUUUCCCACUCAUAGUAGUCAAGCUGCAGGUUUUCCAUCUGAAAUGGACUCUUCACAGGCUGGUUUUCAUUCUCCAUUUAGAGGUCAGUCUUCACAGCCGAAUGCCAACUUUUAUGCAGGUUACAACCGUCAGAUUGGAUCUACUGGUGCAGCAGCUUUUCAAACGGUUCCGCAAAUUUCUAGUGGACAUGUUCCCCAACAUAACGUCCUUCCACAGUCGGCUUCUAAUGCCCCAUUGGCUUCACAAAUGAGUUUUCAAUCUCCACAGUUGAUGCCAAGCAGUCACGUUGCUUCACAAUUAGCUCCACCAGCCUCAACGGGUUCUGCUGCCAAUGCCAUAGUUCCUCAACCAUCAAAAGACAAGUUUGAGACUAAAUCUACUGUUUGGGCUGAUACUCUAAGCCGUGGUCUGGUCAAUUUAAAUAUUUCUGGACCUAAAACAAAUCCAUUGGCUGACAUUGGAGUUGAUUUUGAUGCCAUAAAUCGCAAGGAGAAGAGAAUGGAGAAACCUACAGCUUCUACAGUAACCUCGAACAUUACCAUGGGUAAAGCCAUGGGAUCUGGUUCUGGUAUUGGCCGUGCUGGUGCUGGUGCUAUCAGGCCUCCACCAAACACAAUGAUGGGAUCUGGCAUGGGUAUGGGUAUGGGUAUGGGCAUGACCAAUGGUCCUGGAUCGGGAUAUGGCAUGGGAGGCUAUUCAGGUGUGAACCAACCCAUGGGGAUGGGGAUGAAUAGACCAGGAAACAUGAGUAUGGGCAUGAAUAUGGGAGUUCACAUGCAACAGCAGCCAGGAUUUCCUCCUGGAUCGACGAUGCCUAGAGAUUAUAAUCUCAUGAUGGGAACAGGCAAUUAUGACCAACAAUCAUACGGUGGUGGCUAUCGUUGA